CCCCUUUUCCUCUAUCCCCGUUUUUCCCAUCUAGAAAUGAGUGAAUUCAGGUCCAAAUUCUUGGAGGUUUACUCAUUGUUGAAAUCUGAGCUCCUUCAUGACCCUGCUUUCGAGUUCACUGACGAUUCUCGCCAAUGGGUCGAGCGGGGCUGUGCCAACAUCAUCAGGCUGAGGGCUGGGAGGGACGUCUUUUAACUCUAGGCCGAGUGGAAAACCGUGAGAAAAAGUUCCAUUGCGCUAGCCCACCUCAUCGGCUCAGAGAUACGACAACAUCAGGCUGGGAGGAUCGUCCCUAAUGUGAUGGAACUUAAAAUGUUGUUAGUGUGUCAUGACGUAAGCAUAAGAUGCUGGAUUACAAUGUACCUGGAGGUGUGAUCAAAACUCACCCAAAAAGCUUUCAAGAUUUUCUUGCAUUGCAUGCAAAAGCUUGAAGAGGAAUUAAUAUUUGGCAGAUAUGAUCGUUUUAAUUUAAUUUAAUUUAAUUUUUUUUUAAAUUUGAAUGUACAAUUCCUUUUGCAGGAAAGUUGAACAGAGGUCUCUCUGUCAUUGAUAGCUACAAGUUACUAAAACAAGUGGAAAAGCUCACUGAAGAUGAAGUGUUUCUGGCUUCUGCACUUGGUUGGUGCAUUGAAUGGGUAUUGCUGUUACUAUUUGCUUCAAGCAUAUUUUCUUGUUCUUGAUGAUAUCAUGGACAAUUCUGUUACACGACGUGGACAACCUUGCUGGUUCAGGGUACCAAAGGUCGGUAUGGUAGCUGUAAAUGAUGGCAUAAUGUUACGGAACCAUAUCUCGAGAAUCCUCAAGAAUCAUUUCAGAGAAAAGCCUUAUUAUGUGGAUCUUUUGGAGUUGUUUAAUGAGGUAGAAUUUCAAACAGCCUCAGGACAGAUGAUAGAUUUAAUUACCACACUAGAAGGAGAGAAAGAUCUAUCAAAGUACUCAUUACCUCUUCAUCAUCGUAUUGUUCAGUACAAAACUGCAUACUACUCGUUCUACCUUCCGGUUGCAUGUGCAUUACUAAUGGCAGGUGAAAAUUUGGACAAUCAUAAUGAUGUCAAAAACAUUCUCAUUGAUAUGGGAAUCUAUUUCCAAGUGCAGGAUGAUUAUCUGGACUGUUUUGGUCAUCCUGAUGUAAUAGGGAAGAUUGGAACAGAUAUUGAAGAUUUCAAGUGCUCUUGGUUGGUUGUGAAAGCACUAGAACUAAGUGAUGAGAAACAGAAGACUUUACUACAUGAAAACUAUGGGAAAGCGGAUAAGGAUUGUGUUACCAAAGUGAAAGAGUUAUAUAAAGCCCUCAAUUUGGAGGGCGUAUUUGCCGAGUAUGAGAGCAGAAGUUACGAGAAGCUAGUAAAAUCCAUAGAAGCUCAUCCAAGUGAUGCAGUACAAGCAGUGUUGAAAUCUUUCCUUGCAAAGAUACACAAGAGGCAGAAAUAGAGAACAAGAAAGAGAUCGACUUCGUUGGCCAAGAACUGUCAGCCCAAGGUACAUCAUUUUCCUGCUAUAUAAUUUGGUGGAUGUAAGCAGAUUAUGAUGAAGAAAUGUUAUGGAAUAGUGAAUCUGCAACGAGUUAUGUUUGAUUUCUUUAUGAUAUUUAAGGCUUCAGAAGUCUCUCAGAUUUCCCUAUCUUUAGUUGUCGCUUUAAGUUUUAACACAUGUCUGAGUAUAUUUCAUAUCUGGUUACCAAUUCAACUACAUUUAAGUUCUAGCAAAUGAAAAAUACAAUACGUAUCCGUUUGAUAAUCAAA